AUGAUUCUGGAUCGAGAAUCCCAACUGAUGCAUGAACAUAAAUCUACAUUUUGCUUGAUCUUCUCUUUAGGAGCAUUGUAUGCGUUUAAAGCUUUGAUGCUGAAUGUUUAUGUAGUUUUUGGCCCAGUGCCAAAGAUACCGUUCGCAGUUUUUCCUAUAUGUGCCAGAGAAAUGCGUUUGUCUUAUCACACAAACAAUGAGAAUGAAGAUUAUACAUUUUUCACAUCCAUCAAACGUCGAUCAUGCUGGACUUCUUCAAUCCAUCAUUUAUUCAUUCCAUCAUAUUCAUUCCAUCAUUUAUUCUUUUUCAUUCGAUUCUACAUUGAUUCUAGUCAAGUCGAUCUAGGCACCGGGCCCCACCUGCAGUACCCCUACUUAUCUCUAUUUAUCUACAUUGGCCAAGAGGAUGCAAGAAACAGAUUCAAAAGCGCAAGCGAAAGCAAGUUAAAGCAAAACAAACACAGGAACCGUGCCAGCAAUCCGAGGGCUUUUUCGUCGAGUGGAGUUUCCCUUUUAGGCAAGCAUCUCCGCUGGACCUCCCCCGGAUUUUAA